AUUGUUGGAUGCACACUAAAUCAAUCUCUUCACACCUAAAAGUUAGUUACUACACAUUUAAUUUAAUUUUGCUCUAGCCAAGUUGGUUGUUUUCUUUUCUUGGUUCCUAGGCAGCCACGCUUCAAGGUUUUGUGUCCAUCAACAACACUUUGCAAGCAAGAUAAGAGCUUUACUCUUUCUUUUGAUGUUACUAUGAUAUUGCAUUUGCCGCCAACCCAAUACUUUUUUAUGGCAUCACAUUCUCCGCGAUUUCUAUCACUCACCCGAAGGGCCUUUUCUUCGUCUUCUUCUUCCUCUCUAGGAGGGGUUUCUAUGGUUCAAGGAGCUUCAAGAGGAAUUGGCCUUGAAUUUGUAAAACAACUUCUAGAGAACGAUGAUAAAGAGCGUGUUAUUGCUACUUGCCGUAAUCCUAGUGCAUCAACUGGACUUAUCCAUCUGAAAGAUAAAUUUGCUGAUCGACUUAGAAUUUUGCCAUUGGAUUUGACUGUUGAAAGUUCAAUUGAGGCAUCUGCUUUGUCAAUAAAAGAUACAUAUGGCCGUCUAAACCUUCUCAUUAAUGCGUCUGGCAUUCUUUCAAUACCUGAGAUAAUUCAUCCAGAAACAACACUGAACAAAGUGGAGAAAUCAUCUUUGAUGCUUGCUUAUGAGGUUAACGCAGUGGGUCCAAUCUUAGUUAUCAAGCACAUGUGGCCUCUUCUAAAAGUGGGAGGUGGCAAUGGAACUGGAAGAAGUACUGCAGUUGUGGCUAGUUUGAGUGCAAGGGUUGCAUCUAUUGGGGACAAUCGUCUUGGUGGCUGGCAUUCUUAUCGAUCUUCAAAGGCUGCUCUUAAUCAAUUAUCGAAGACUGUCUCCUUGGAAUUCGCAAGAAAGAAGGAUCCAAUUACAUGCAUUUUACUGCAUCCUGGUACGGUUGACACAGAUCUCUCUAAGCCUUUUCAGAGAAAUAUUCCCCCAGAUAAGAUCUUCAGCAAAGAAUUCUCAGUCCAGAAGCUGCUUAGCAUCAUUAACAAUGUGAAGAGCCAUGACAAUGGCAAGUUCUUUGCCUGGGAUGGUCAAGAAAUACCCUGGUAACCUGUCAUAACAUGUAAGAAAUAUAUCGAUAAGAACCACAGCUACUCUAAAGACAAAAUAGUAUUUCAUAAAAUUUAUUGAUUCA